AUGGCCACCACAACCGAAACAUCGCAAAUCGAGCUCAGCACGAUGAGUCCUCCGCAGAACUCGAUCGAUCACAACAACAAACCCAGUUCCUCCCGAGCCGAAGCAGACGACACUAUCGUUCUCACCGCACAAGCCUCCCAGCACCCUGACAACGACAGCACAAUCGCCACACCAGCUCCAGAUGGCGGCUACGGCUGGGUCAUCGUCGCCUCCUGCUCCCUCAUCACCUUCUCCUUUACCGGCUUUACCGGGUGCUGGGGCAUUCUGCAAGCUCAUCUCCUCGAGACUUCAAUGAAAGAGGUGCAGCCCUCCACCAUUGUCUUUGUCGGAUCACUGGCAUCUUCGGCUUGUGUGGCUGUUGGGUUAAUCAGUGUUCGCCUCAAUCGUCUUCUCGGUGCCAGGACGGGGGCGAUGAUUGGCAUACUUCUCCUUGGACUUGCUCAGAUAUUCUCCGGCUUCGCUACGUCGAAUAUUGGGGCCUUGUUUGCUGCAUCGGGAGCUAUCUCAGGCCUAGGAAUGUCCUUCCUCUACACCAUCUGCAAUUCCAUCCCAACCCAAUACUUCACCACCAAACUUGGCACAGCCAACGGUCUGAUCAAGCUGGGUGGCGGUAUUGGCGCGACCGUUCUCGCUCUCGCCUCGGAAGCUAUGAUCCAAUCUGUCGGCCUAGCUUGGACUUUCCGCAUUAUCGGCUUCAUGACUCUCGCCACGGGCCUCCCGGCCGCUGCUUUGCUGAGAGACCGCACUAAACCUCGCAAUGUCCCGUUUGUCGAGCUUUCAAUGUUCAGAAAUCUAGCAUAUACCUGCGUCUUCAUCGGCGCCGCCCUCUCGACCUUCACCCUCUUCGUCCCGCCAUUCUUCCUUCCACUGAUGGCCCGGUCCGUAGGUCUCUCUUCUGGUGUCGGAGCAGGCCUAGUAGCAGGUUACAACGCCUGCAACGCCUUCGGUCGGUUCGCCUCUGGCCCUACUUGCGAUCGCAUCGGCGCAAACAAUACAUUCGUCAUCGGGACCUUGAUCAGCGCGGCAAGUAUGCUAGCCAUCUGGCCUCUAUCCUCGAACCUCACACUCCUAGCAACCUUUGCAGUCCUGAACGGUAUAGCCAACGGCUCUUUCUUCGUCACGAUGCCUACAGUUGUGGCUCGCAUGUUUGGCCCAGCUAGAGCAGCAGUGGCGAUGAGUCAGGCGAUCACGGGGUGGACGGUCGGGUAUCUGCUUGGACCGCCUAUUGCGGGUUAUCUAAUUCAGGCUACGCAUGCUGAGGCGAAGGUCGGACUGGAUCCGUAUCGGCCGGCCAUCUUCUAUGCGGGUGGGACGGCGGCGGCGAGUGCGGUGUUUGUUAUGGUUGCUAGGUUUGCGACGGAGAAGAAAGUGCUGAAGAAGAUUUGA